CGGACAUUGUUUUGCUGGCAAUAUUGUGAAAUGUCGUUGUGUCCAUUUUUUCUUUUAAGAGGCCUUAACCAGGUCAAAAGCACAAUCUUAUUUUAUGGGGUAUCGACUAAAAAUUAGCAUCCACAUGGAAGAUGCCUUAGGCUGUGUGUUUGUGUAUUUUUAUCCUGUCCCGUGAAUACAGAUCACACUCACCGGAAAGCGCUUAAGGUCACUGCAACUCUAACGGUUUGUGCCCUGGGUAGAGGUGGGUGGGGUUUGUGCUAAUCUUCUUCAAGCCUACACGCGGUACGUGACGGCGGCGGCGAAGGGCCAUUUUUUGGGGCAGUUCGCCUUGAUAUCUGCUUGCCGAAGAAGGGUGGCCGAUGAGUAAGUCGCGUCGUAGCAUAGUAGGAUGGUGUUCGCGUGCAGGUCCCACAAGGACGAUUGAUAGAUGGUUAAUGGGUUUUAAUAUUAAUGCCCUAAAAUUGGUGGUCAAGCGUAAGGUCGACAUAUUGGGGCGUGCAGCGACACGCCGUAAAUGUUUAACCAUCGUUAGGAUGUAAAUUUUUGCCGUCAAUCUAAGAUGCACCAGAGUGUUUGGGGAGGUUUUGUUUACGGUUCCUCGGUGCACCCCCAUCUUCGCUUCAUUACGGAUUCUGACGGUCAAUGUGAGCUUGUCACCGGUUUCCGUGAUUUACAUCGUUUUAAGCAUUUUAACAUUUUAGCAGAUGACGCCAUCUUCUGACUGUUUUAGUGGUGGUUCUAACGGUUUUUCUAAAAUAUCUAGUGAUUAGUUGAUAAUCGAAAGUUAAAACUUCAUCGCUGGCUCUCGCUUUGCUCUACAGUCACCUACAGUCACCUCGAUGAUGGUGUUCCUGCUGCUGGCCCUUGCUGUCACAUCGCGCUGUGGGCAGGCCAUGGACAACACCUUCUUUCAAACGCUGUUCGACGAAACGAGCGUUCUGUUCAACAAUGGAACACCCCGCGUACCGGACACGACCGUAUUUCGGAAGGAGUACGAUUUCAUCAUCAUCGGUGCUGGGUCGGGUGGGUCCGUCAUGGCGAACCGACUGUCGGAAAUGCGAGACUGGAGUGUGCUGCUGCUUGAGGCGGGCAAGGAAGGUAACAUGCUGACGGAGGUACCGUUGACCGCGGGUCUAACGAGCAUUACAGGGUACAACUGGGGCUACAAAGCGGAUCCAAUGAAGGGUGCCUGCCUGGGGCUGAAGGGAGGCGUGUGCAAUUGGCCUAAGGGACGUGGUCUCGGUGGUACGAGCCUCAUAAACUUCCUCAUCUAUACACGCGGACAUCGGAAGGAUUACGACGGUUGGGAGCAGGCAGGCAACCCUGGGUGGGGCUUUCGUGAUGUGCUGCACUACUUCAAGAAGUCGGAACGUGUACAAAUCCCCGAACUGCGGAAUUCGCCGUACCGUUCCACCGCUGGUCCGGUAGACGUGGAAGAGUCAGCGUUUGAGACACCACUACUGAGACGGUUCAUCGAAGCCGGGCGAGAUCUGGGCUACAUGGAGACGGAUCCAAAUGGUGAGAUUCAACUCGGGUUCGGCAAGGCGCAGGCCACAAUGCGCAGAGGACGGCGGUGUAGUGCGGCGAAGGCUUACCUUGUGCCGGCCGCUCGACGACCAAAUUUGGACAUUUCCAUGCACUCCCGGGUGACCAAAAUACUGAUCGACCCGGUAACGAAGCUCGCGUACGGUGUGGAGUUCAUCAAGCGCAAGCGACGGUACGUGAUCCGUGCACGGAAGGAAGUGAUCUUGGCGGCCGGUGCUAUUGCUUCCCCACAGCUGCUGAUGCUGUCCGGAGUGGGCCCGAAAGAUCAUCUGAACGAGGUGGGCGUUCCGGUGGUGCAAGAUCUUCCGGUCGGGUAUAACCUGCAGGAUCAUCUCAACCUGCCCGGGCUUGUCUUUCCAGUCAAUGAACCGGUCACGGUACGGGAGCGUGAUAUGCGUUCCCCACGGUACAUUCUAGAGUACAUGCUCCACGGACGUGGCCCAUUCACAUCGCCCGGAGGUGCCGAAGGUGUCGCCUUCGUAAAGACGAACAUCAGCUUUACACCGUCAGACUAUCCGGACAUUGAGCUGGUGAUGGGCACGGGUGCCUACAACAACGAUGAGUCCGGAACGUUGCGUGCCACGAUCGGAAUAACGGACGAGUUCUAUCACAACACGUACGGUUCGAUCCUCGGCAAGCAUGCGUUCUCUGUGUCUCCGAUCCUGAUGCGUCCCAAGAGCCGUGGACGGAUCAUGCUGAAAAGCGCCAACCCGUUCCAUUGGCCCCGGAUGGAGGGGAACUUCUACGCCGAUUAUGACGACCUGGUGGUGUUGCGGGAAGGCGUUAAGCUGACCGUGGAUCUGAUCGAAUCGCGCAGCUUCCGCGGUGUUGGGGCUCGGCUGCACAGUACACCGUUCUAUGGCUGUGAGGGCCAUCGGUUCCGGAGCGACGAGUACUGGGAGUGUGCCAUCAGAAGGAUCGGCAGCACGUUACAGCAUCAGUGUGGUACGUGUAAGAUGGGGCCAGCCACCGAUCCGGAAGCGGUCGUCAAUGCACAGCUGCAGGUGUACGGCAUACAGGGUUUGCGUGUGGUCGAUGCUUCGAUCAUACCCACCAUCCCGGCCUCGCACACCAACGCGGUGGUGUUCAUGAUCGGCGAGAAAGCAGCCGACAUGGUGAAAGAGCACUGGGCCAACGAAAUUCGCUAAAACACUCCUCUGGCCGCGCUGGGUCAUUU